CAAAGGCAAAGGCAAAGGCAUUCACAUAACAGAGCCGCGUGUCACUUUUUCAGAUAUUCUUGAAAUUCCUGAACCUUCCACUCUAUAAAAACACAUUUUAUCUCUCAACUGAUAAUAUACACAAGAAAACAAAGCAAAAGAAAGAAGAAACCCAUCAUUUAUCAGCUCAUCAAACUCACUAACCAUGACAGGCAUACCAGAAGAAACACACCCCCAUAACCAAUCAUCUCAAGCAGCCAAAGACCCAGAAUCCAAUUCUCCAUCCCUUGCCACUGUUACUGAUCAUCAGGACCUACAGACGCCUCAGCCACCACCGCCACCACAUUCAGCUUCAUCAUCUCCAGCAGAGGAGGAAGACACCAAGAAAUAUGGGACCCACAUCAUGGGAGCCCCAGCAGCCCCAAAUGCCCACCCAGACAACCAGAGAGCCGCCCAAUGGAAAGCAUCUGAUCACCAGCAAAUUCACCACCACCAGCAGCCCUAUGUCCAGUGCGCUCCCGUAAACAAGCCCAGCAACAACCCUUUUGAGCCUGCGAUCCACGUGUUCAAUUCCUGGAGCGCCAAGGCCGAGACCAUAGCCAGAAACAUCUGGCACAACCUCAAAACAGGGCCCUCUGUUUCUGAAGCUGCCUGGGGGAAGGUCAACUUGACGGCAAAAGCCAUAAGUGAAGGUGGAUUUGAGUCUCUAUUUAAGCAGAUUUUCGCGACUGAUCCAAACGAGAAGCUCAAGAAGACCUUCGCCUGCUACCUUUCCAGUUCCACAGGUCCUGUCGCUGGCACUCUGUAUCUCUCAACUGCCAGGCUUGCUUUCUGCAGCGAUCGUCCUUUAACUUUCACUACCCCAUCUGGACAAGCAGCUUGGAGCUACUACAAGGUGAUGAUACCUUUGGCAAAUAUAGGUACAGUGAACCCUGUGGUCAUGAAAGAGAGUCCACCAGAAAAGUACAUUCAGAUUGUCACCAUAGAUGGCCAUGAAUUCUGGUUUAUGGGAUUUAUUAAUUUCGAAAAGGCAUCCCAUCACCUCUUAGACAGUGUCUCAGAUUUCAGAACAGCUGGGAAUUCAGCGCAACCGGUUGUUGGCUAGAGCUUGAAGAUGAAUUUUCCUUUUGGAUCCCCAGGAUCAUCAUCCUCCUUUGAGUUUUGAUUUUCAGAGUUUUGGUUUUGUUGAUUUGUUUGUAGGAUUAUGGAUUAGUUGAAUCUGUAAUUCAUUGUAUUCUGUCCUUUGCUUCCGUGUGUUUUAUGUGUUUGUAAAUUGUGACCUUUGUUUCAGAUAUCUACACAUAUUAUAUUCUUUAGUGUAAA